UCCCAGCUCGCCUUGCCUUGCAGAUCAGUCUCUCCGCGGCUCGGUCUUUCUGCAUAGGCAAUCACAGCUCCUACUUGCAGACUCAACUCUCCCUCUCGCACAGAUUGCAAUGAAUUUUCUGCCUGAAUGUAGGUCGCUCACAUCCGAGAACACGAGUUCCCUUCAAAUCCAUUGUUGUUGUCUUUCUUCUUGUUAUUUUUAAUUUUUUCCCCCCUUUCGUGGUCGUUGCAUUCCUUUGGAGAAGCCAAUCGCAUUGGAUUCCAAAAAGGAGAGCAGGAACCGUAUGUGAAUAAUCCUGGCUGCAUGAUAGCCCGAGAGGAUUUCCUGAAAGAUUCUGGCUGUGUAAAAAAGACCCCUAUCCUUCUGCAGCUAUCCCAGUGUUAAGGAAAAAUUUCUUCUGUAACUAAAAUGACAUCAUGCUGCCUCCUAUGGGGGAAUGCUGAAGCCUUCUCAAAGGUACAACACAGUGGCUGACUGAGUGGCUGGACUUCACUGAAAGGAGCCAUUUCACUGAGGCAGUGGAAUAACUGCAGUUAUCUCACCACUCUACUUGUUGGGAAGUGCUGUGCGUUGCCAGGAUUAAUUCAACACUAAAGUCUGGGAUGGGCCUUAGGGGCAAACAUUCCCUUGUUUCUUCUGACAUUGGGAUUUGUCUACAGCCGGUCAGCUGAGGCACCUACCACGUAUCAACUUUUUUUUUUUUUUUUUUUGGUUGUCUGGGAAAAGAUAUAUUUUCCCUUGCUUCAUCUCCUUUUGACUACUUUUUUACUAGUUUUAAUUUUCCUUGACUGAUUAAUUUCUCCUGGCUGUGGAAAAAGAGCCCUGCUGAUGUUGAUUUAAAUAAUGUCGAAACCAAUGGGACUCCUAUGGCUGCCUUUGAUCUUCACACCAGUGUGUGUCAUGUUGAAUUCUAACUUCCUCCUGUGGAUAACUGCACUGGCUAUAAGAUUUACCCUCAUUGAUGGCCAAGCACAAUACCCAGUUGUUACUACGAAUUAUGGCAAAAUACGUGGUUUAAGAACACCUUUGCCUAAUGAGAUCCUUGGUCCGGUGGAGCAGUACUUGGGUGUUCCUUAUGCUUCUCCUCCAACUGGAGAAAGGCGAUUUCAGCCCCCAGAGCCACCAUCGUCUUGGACGGGUGUCCGCAACGCCACACAGUUUGCUGCUGUCUGCCCGCAGUACCUGGAUGAGAGGUCACUGCUCAAUGACAUGCUGCCAGUCUGGUUUACAGCCAAUCUGGAUACUGUGGUGACAUAUGUUCAAGAUCAAAAUGAAGACUGUCUGUAUUUGAAUAUCUAUGUGCCCACAGAGGAUGACAUUCAUGAUCAGAACAGCAAGAAACCCGUUAUGGUCUACAUCCAUGGUGGAUCUUACAUGGAGGGUACUGGAAAUAUGAUUGAUGGCAGCAUUCUUGCAAGUUAUGGAAAUGUCAUUGUUGUCACUAUCAAUUACAGGCUGGGGGUUUUAGGUUUUUUAAGUACUGGGGACCAAGCUGCAAAAGGCAAUUAUGGAUUGCUUGACCAAAUCCAAGCUUUACGUUGGAUUGAAGAAAAUAUUGGAUCUUUUGGAGGAGACCCGAAGAGAGUUACUAUUUUUGGAUCUGGGGCAGGAGCUUCCUGUGUCAGUCUCCUGACACUUUCCCACUAUUCAGAAGGUUUGUUCCAAAAGGCAAUCAUACAGAGUGGAACAGCCCUGUCCAGCUGGGCAGUGAACUAUCAGCCUGCCAAGUACACUCGGAUAUUGGCAGAUAAAGUGGGCUGCGACAUGCUUGAUACCACUGAUUUGGUUGAAUGCCUGCGGAAUAAGAAUUACAAAGAACUCAUUCAACAGACUAUCACUCCAGCCACGUACCACAUUGCCUUUGGGCCUGUGAUAGAUGGAGACGUGAUUCCAGAUGACCCUCAGAUUCUAAUGGAGCAAGGGGAAUUCCUUAACUAUGAUAUAAUGCUGGGUGUGAAUCAAGGGGAAGGUUUAAAAUUUGUGGAUGGAAUUGUAGACAAUGAAGAUGGUGUUUCUCCCAAUGAUUUUGACUUUUCCGUCUCCAAUUUUGUGGACAAUCUGUAUGGUUAUCCAGAAGGGAAGGACACUCUGCGAGAGACCAUUAAAUUCAUGUACACUGACUGGGCAGACAAAGAAAACCCUGAAACGAGAAGGAAGACCCUGGUUGCUCUUUUCACAGACCACCAGUGGGUUGCUCCAGCUGUUGCCACGGCUGACCUGCAUGCCCAGUAUGGAUCUCCAACAUAUUUCUAUGCAUUUUAUCACCACUGCCAAAGUGAAAUGAAACCCAGCUGGGCUGAUUCAGCUCAUGGUGAUGAAGUCCCUUAUGUGUUUGGGAUUCCUAUGAUUGGUCCCACAGAACUGUUCAACUGCAACUUUUCCAAGAAUGAUGUCAUGCUCAGUGCAGUGGUUAUGACAUACUGGACUAACUUUGCCAAAACUGGGGAUCCAAACCAGCCUGUUCCACAGGACACAAAGUUCAUCCACACAAAACCCAACCGCUUUGAAGAAGUGGCCUGGUCCAAAUACAAUCCUAAAGACCAACUUUAUUUACAUAUUGGCCUGAAACCCCGAGUUCGUGAUCACUAUCGAGCAACAAAAGUGGCUUUCUGGUUGGAGCUUGUACCACACCUUCACAACCUGAACGAAAUAUUUCAGUAUGUUUCCACAACAACUAAAGUCCCCCCUCCUGACAUGACCUCAUUUCCGUACGUGACCCGACGUUCUCCUGGGAAAUUAUGGCCAGCCACCAAACGCCCAGCAAUGACGCCCGCCAACAAUCCCAAACAUUCAAAGGACACCCAUAAAACAGCUCCAGAGGAUACGACAGUUCUGAUAGAAAACAAGAGAGAUUACUCCACAGAGCUGAGCGUCACCAUUGCUGUGGGGGCCUCCUUGCUGUUCCUCAAUAUUUUAGCUUUUGCUGCAUUGUAUUACAAGAAGGACAAGCGGCGUCAUGAGACUCACAGGCGCCCCAGCCCCCAGAGGAACACCACCAACGACAUAGCACACAUACAGAAUGAAGAGAUCAUGUCCUUGCAGAUGAAGCAGCUAGAACAUGACCACGAGUGUGAAUCGCUGCAGGCCCAUGACACGCUGAGACUCACCUGUCCUCCUGACUACACACUCACUUUGAGAAGGUCCCCAGAUGACAUCCCGCUAAUGACACCCAACACCAUAACCAUGAUUCCAAAUACAUUAACAGGAAUGCAGCCUUUGCAUACUUUCAACACCUUCAGUGGAGGACAAAACAGUACAAAUUUGCCCCAUGGACAUUCGACCACUAGGGUAUAGCUCAGCCCUUCCCCAUCUACCCUCACAAGCCGCUUGGAAGAAAGAAAAAAAGAAAAAAAGAAAAAAAAAAGAAGAAAAAAAAGAAGAGGAAAAAGUUAUAUACCAUCCAUUGAACACCUUGUCAAAAUCUAAAGUAAAAAUAAGUAAAAGAGAAGGACAGUCAUUAUUUUCUUACUGAUCCUUCCCACAGAAACUCACUGAUGUUAAAGAUCAACUACAAACCCUGUGAAAUGUGAAAAGUGUACAUUGCUGUUACAAUACUGCUUUAGAUCUCAGCCACUUUGAUUGAAAGUUGAGGCCAGAAGAAGUAAUUUAAAAUGGUGUUUUAAGUGUAACAAGCAAAGCAGAGUAUUCUGGAACACAGAGCCAGUGACUGUACAGGUGUUUUGGUUUUUUUUUUUAAUAAAUAAAAUUAUAAAAAAGAUUCUUUAUGUGCCAUACCAUGAAUGGCCAUUGAUAAAACAAAGACAUCACCAUGGGCUUUUACCCAGCAUAUGAAGCUGUAAUUCAGAUGGGGAAAAUAGAAUUUUAUUAUUAAAAACAAAAAUGAAAAAAAAAAAAAAAAGAGGAGGACUGACUAUGCAGAAAAAUACGUAUAGUUCUGUGCAAAGAGAUGACUUGCCAGCCUGAACUAUAUUUAAAGAAACUUUGUAAAAAUGUACAUAGCUGUGAGUUUAAAAACAAACAAAAAAAGAAGCAGCUUUUAUUGAUGUUUUCAGUUUGAAAAGAGCUUUUAGAAAGAUUGUGCAUUCGAUUGUGACCUAUGUGUAUAUACAUUAGUCAUAUGACCUCUGUUUCCUCCGAGACCAAAGGAGGAAUUUCUUCUUAAUUACUAGUGGUUAACAAAAACCAUGAGUUUUUUCUAACAUGUUUCAUUUAUAUGAGGCCAUGGUGUCAUGCAGAGGAUACAGUUGUCUGUGUGACCUGCGUAUUUUCUCUUACAGGUUACACUAGUGCAUGUUAAAGUAUUCAUAGGAGAUUGUUGUUCUUUUCUGAAACAUUUUUUCUAUAAUUUAAUUUUGUGUUAGCCUUUGUUAAAUUCCAACGCAGCAAUGGAUUGGAAAACAAAGAGAAAAAAUGCAAAAGAAAAUAAUCACUAUUUUAAACUUGUUGAACUGAACCAAGAAACAUCCAAUAAUAUAUAUUUGGAGUCCAGUUUGUAGUUCUUGGUUAUUGUGAUACUUUAGGAAGAGUUUUGUGCCCUGACAAAAGCAAUGAAAGCCUGUGUUUUGGUCAGCCUUCUUUAAGGAAAACUAUCUAUAUUCACCAGCAGUUGCAGUGGAAUCUCAGCUGAGAAAGCACCUCCUCAGCAUUGCUAAACAAAAUAAAACUACAAUUUGAAAGUUGGGAAAUGCAGGGUUGAUUGGCUGUCUGUUUUUCAAACUGUUCAGAGUGAUGAGUUUGUAAAGAACUUCUCAGCCCAGUAUCUUGUUUUGUGCUUGAGAGUGUACCUGUCAGAAAAUUCUUAUUUGCUGAUUCAUUGCACAGUCCCACAGUCAGUGAGCAUUAUGGAGAGAGAAGCAGAGAAAUCCUCAGCUGUUCUGCAUUUGAAUAAAAGUGAAAAUCCCAGAGAGCAUCACUCUCAGGAAAGGUAAAUUAGUUGGUUAUUCCCUUCUGCCUUUCCUUCACUAGAAAAACAGGGGCCAAGCAGAGCUAUCAAAGUAACUUAUCAGUUUGAUUCAAACUCAUUUGAAUGUGGAAAGGUAGAAAAUAGUUUUUGCAGAUGAAGAUUGCUUUAUAUUUUGUCUUUGAAAGUUACUUCAUCAUUGAGAGAUAGUAACCAAAGAUCUUUGAACAAAUUGGUCUGCACUUGAACAUGACUCUCCCAGAUGUAUUUUCUAUUAUUAAUUCACAGCUAAACUGCAUCGAUAUCAUAUGUCCCAUAACAAUUAACACAAGAUGCCUUGUACCUCUUCUUGUUUUCUACACUUUUUCUUUUCUAAUAAAAUACUUUGAAAUAGUCACCCCUACAAAUAAAAUCAAAGACAAGGUGAUUCACUGAGGUCUAUUUAUCUUCACAACUCUUUGUUGUAGCAGGCAGUAAAGCAAAUUCUGAAGGAAAGAAAUAAAAAAAAUAAUGACAUGAUAAAAAUAAAACAUGUGGCUGAUAGAAUCCUUUAUCUGCAGUAAAUGUGCUAUAAAUCUGACCUGGGAGCUCAGGUUGGAAUGUGAUGAAGUAGCAACCCCAAAGUAAAAUUAGUAGAAAAUGGAAAAAUGUUUGUUUUUUUUCACUGAUCCAUCACAUAAAAUAUAUUAAUGCUGACUCUAUACCAGGCCAUUUCCACCAGCUAUGUAAUUCCUCAGCUGAGAUGCAGCAGUUCAUAACUCUUAAAAAAAGAUUUAAAAAAAAGUAAAAAAAAAAAAAAAAAAAAGUUAAAAAAAAAAGGUAAUGAUGCUUGGCAUCAUGAUCAGUUGGGUAUGUUUGUAAUGUGAAUUACAGUAUUUGUUCAGUACUUCCAAUUGUCUUCUGCUAGCAAUAUGUACAGUACUGUGUCAGGCUUGUGACAUUUGGGUAAAAAAAGUUCCUGUAAGUGAAUGAAUUUAGCUUUUAAAAGUAAUUACAAUCAAGUUGAUUUAAUAAUUUGAUACAUCUGGAAUGAUGUAUGAUUUAUAGAGGGAACAGAUUUAUAGGGUCUUCAUAGAAUUCUAUAAUAAUGAUAUCAAAAUAUACUUUGAACUGUUAAAGAAAAACAAAAGUACUUUCCCAGGCUUAUAUUCUUGUCCUUAAGAGGCACACAGGGUUCAAUGGUUUCUUCUGUUAUUGUUUGCAAUUUUUUUGUUUUUUUUGCCUUAAGUAAUGAUAGAAGAUAUAUAUGGCUGGACACAUAUGUAUAAACUUUUCAGCAGCAUUUUUAAUAAUAAAAUAUCACGGUAUUUUCUAAUGCUUUGUGCAAAUAACUACGUGUUCAUCCUUUUGUGUAGAAAGUCUUUCAGAGGUGUGUUUUCUGCCUCAUCUCCAUUUCAUUAUCUACUGUAAACAAUGCCUUGAUACUCAGUAUAAAAAUAUUAAAGUAACAGAGGUUGCACUUUUAAGUUAGCAUUGAGUUUUCAUGGCUUUUGUAGUUCUAUGAGCCUGCCAGUAAAAGGAAAACAACUCAGACAAUGAAGAUACAACAAGAUAAGCUCCAUAUAUUUAUUACCUGUAUACAAUGAAUUUCCCAUUGAAAUAAUGGUUUAAUUGUUUGGUUAGUAUUUUCUGAGGCACGGAAAAAAUGCUUGGGUAACCAGUUUCCCAUAUUAGUGUAUAGCUUAGUGGCUGAAAAAUGCAAAAUUUUAUCUUCCAAAUUAGGGAUCAAAAUAAUGCAGAUAAAUCUUGACAUAUCAAGCUCCACAAAUCAAUAUACUUCACUUUUAUAUUUUGAAUUUAGAUAAACAAAGAGUUUUGCUAAAAAAAUAAAUAUGUAAGAGUAGCAACAUAUGUUACUCAUAUGCAUUUAAGGUAUUUCAAUAUAUUGCAAAGAUGUUAGUAUUCUUCCUUCAAAGGCUAAGUAAGUAAAUAGUUUGUUCUUUUAUGUCAGAUUCUGUCUAUCAACCAGGUUUCCUUUCACUGGAAAGGUAUGUAGACACUUUAGUAAUUUGAACUGGGUAUUGUUUUCUUUCUGUAACUAUUCUGCUGAAUAGAGGUACUAACAAUACUAUUUGAUGACUUUUAUGCAUAUUACUGAAGAGUCUUUGCAAAAAUCAAAGUCUGAAUUAUUCAUAUCAAAAUUGUGAUAUGAAGGAUCAAGCUUCUGAGAUAGAAACAUGCACCUACUGACCUAAUCAAGCAGCUUGAAUUUUGAAUAUUGAACUUGUAUAUAAAGCUUUUGCAAAUAAACUGCAGAUUUAGAGUUUUUCAGCAAAUAUGUUUAAUUACAGGUACACUUCAACAUUUCACAUCUUGCUGUGAGAUAAUUCAUACACACAAAAAAGAGGAUAGAAUUGUAUUUCUGUGAAUUUCUGAAAUUUCUGGGUGAACUCAAUAAAUUAGCUUAUUUUCAGCUAGUCAGUUUCACAUUUAAAAAGGAGAACAUCUUCAGAACAUUGUUUAUGAUAACUUAAUACUGUGUUAUUUUAUUACUUUACUGUCUGAAAUAUAAAUAUGCAGAUUAGAAUGUUCCUGUUUUGGCUUUGCUAAGAGUAUUGCAAUUUAAUGGUAUUUAAUAUCACAUAAAAAUCAUAUGAAAUAGUA